AUGUACUUCACCAAGACUAUCUUUCCUUUGGCUCUUGUUGCCGCCCCCAUCUUCGCUCUACCGGUUGAUGAGAGCAGCAAUGACCUAGUGGCCCGCGCCAAUAAGUACACCUGCAAGCCAGAAAACAACGAAUCAGAUGUCAAGUCUUUCACUGUCAGCGAAAAGCGUGCCAAGGAACAGGUGAAGGUGGCCAUGUUUACGGCCGGCACCUCUGGUGAUCCUCACCAAUACGGCAACGGAGAUGGCAUCAAGUGGGGUGUGAAGGGCUGUGAUAAGAAGGGUGAGAAGAAGAAUCAGCUCUACGAGUAUCCGAUCUUCUGGGACACGGCAAAUAUGGAGUGGAAGAAAGACGAACUCUCCAAGACUCAGGAAAAGACCCCGCUGCGCGUCGUCUACUUCGAAGACAAGGGUAACAGUAACCGUCCCAAGAUCUGUGGCGUCAUGACCCACUCCAAGGUUGGAAAGAACUUUCAGGGCACGGCAUUUUUCCAGAAAUGCAAAGACUAG